ACUGGCUAGCCAUUUUUGCAAAGCGACUGUGCAACACGGGUAGCAAAAGACGAACGGUAGCAGAAGAAACUAUUCGUGUCGAAGUUUAAAAACGCAUUAAAGAUGACGGGCGAAAUUCAGCGAGGCCACUCAAUUGGCGCUUUGGUAAUUGGUAUCAUGGAGUUGUUAUUUGGUCUGAUAAUUGUCAUUUGCAGUUUUGUGCUCGGUGGAAAAGUGAAUGUUAGCGCUGCAUUGACUCCUUAUUGGGCUGGAAUACCGUAUGUUGUUCCUGGCAUUCUCGGAAUUGUCGUUGGAGCAACAAAGAAUAAAUGUGCUAUGAUUGCUUUCAUGAUCCUGAACAUCAUUUGCUUCAUCAUUAAUGGAAUUGCAUCCAUUUUGAUUUUCGUUGCCAUAGGGGUCUGGGCCGGGGUUGCCGCAGAAGUGACGUCAAAUUGCAAUUAUUUAUAUGGUCACUGCGUUUGCAGAUAUAAUGGGCAAUCGUACAGUUACAAAGUGGACAGCUGCGAUACUUUGACCGGCAUUGUUGCAUUGUUGUGGGCCAUUGUUGUCUUUGCUCUCAUUGCCGCCAUCACCACCCUCGCAGGGUCAAUCCUUGGUUGCAUAUCGUCAUGUUGCUCACAGAACCAGACCCCCGGCGUUGUGGUCAUCCAGCAAGGCCAGAUGCCCCCACCAAACUACAAGGCUUAAAAACUGUCAUGGAUUCUUGCAUAACCGAUAUAGAAUAUAGUCAGUACAUUGUCAUAUUCUACCAUAUAA